AUGGCGGCUCGUGUCGCUGCUUCCUUCAACCGACAUGUCCGCCCAAACCUCCCCACGCCCUCGCUCUCCUUCAUCAACCUUCACUACUUGUAUUUCGGGGUCACGUGCCUGCUGGCCAGUGUGAUAUUCUGGGGUUCCUCCACCCCGGCCCGGUCCGUCUCUUACAUUGACAGCCUGUUCCUGUGCAUCUCCGCCAUGACCGAGGCGGGUAAGUCGGACAUGACCCCUUCGUUGAUGAAUACAUGGCAGCAGGUGAUCCUGUUCCUCCUCAUCAUCAUUGGCUCGGCCAUCUGGGUGUCCAUCGCCAUUCUGCACAUCCGAAAGCGUGCCUUUGAAAAGAAGCUCGCCGAACUCGCAGCCCGACGACGGAAACGGCUCCAGCGGCCUCGCUCGCUCAGCUUCUCCUUUUCCAGACGCAAAGCAAACACGUUUGGUCCCGAUCAUGAGGCCGCUGUCGCCUCCGGAGCAGUCCGUGGCCGUGCCAUCCCCAAUCGCCACGGAAUUGACGAGCACAAGGACCUCGACUCAAUGGACCGCCGUCGGUCAGCGUCUGGCGAAGCACUGGAGAUGGAGAGGUCAAAGUGCGCGAGCGGAGUGGACCAAGACAGGAAUCUAGAGCCGAACCUUCACAUCCGAUUUCCCACCGACCUUCCCGCCGGCGACCACGGCGACCAUAUCCUUCGUCCCAUCAGGCGUCAUCGAUCGAGUUUCCUCGAAGGCCACGGGGUGGGUGCGGUCGGGCUUGACAGGCAUCCUCGAAACGCGCGGCCUGUCGACCACCAUGCGUCCACCGAUGGAGUCGGAAUCAUGGUCGAGGGUGACCACGACGAGGACUUGGCUGCCCGGCGCCGCAAUCCGAUCAACAAAUAUCUCGAUACGGUCAACGGCUAUCUGGGGCGAAACAGUCAGUUCCAUCAUCUCAGCGACAAGGAAAGGAAGAAACUGGGAGGGAUCGAGUAUGAUGCCAUCUGCCUGCUCUCAUGGGUGGUGCCUCUCUACUUUGUGCUCUUCCAACUCCUGGGGGCUGUGGGGGUCGGGGCCUGGAUCAAGCUCAACCGGCCCGGAAUAGCGUUGAGGAACGGACUUGACCCGUUCUGGACCGGGGCCUUCUACGCCAUUUCCGCCUUCAACAACUCGGGCAUGGCGUUGUUGGAUGCAAAUGCAACCGCCCUCCAGACGAGCUACUAUGUCCUGCUCACCCUGAGUCUCCUCAUCCUGGCGGGCAAUACCUGUUUCCCGCCGUUCCUGAGGCUGAUCCUGUGGACCAUGAAGAAGCUCAUCCCCCGACGCUGGGACUCGCCACAGUGGCAGGUGCGUCGUCGCACCUUGAAUUUCUGUCUCGACCAUCCACGACGGGUCUAUACCAACUUGUUCCCGAGCGCGCAGACCUGGUGGCUGGUUUGCGCCGUCUUCAUGCUCAACGGCAUCGACUGGAUGGCCUUUGAGCUGUUGAACAUUGGCAAUCCCACCACCCAGUCGAUUCCUCCGCAUUAUCGCGUUCUGGACGGCCUGUUCCAAGCCUUUGCCGUCCGGAGCGGUGGAUUCUACGUCGUCAACAUCUCCGGACUGCGGUCUGGUCUGUUGGUGCUGUAUGUUUUGAUGAUGUAUAUCAGCGCGUUUCCCAUCACCAUGACCAUCCGCAACACCAACGUCUACGAGGAACGGUCCUUGGGCCUGUACGCCGAAGAGCUACCGCCGCCGCCGCCGCCCACCCGAGCAGGCGACAGUGGCCGGCCCGUCUACGGCCACGACCACGACCACAAUGAGAAAGCCGACCCGCGCCGCAACAAGCUUCUGCACGGGCUGAGGCAAACCAUGACCAUGACCAUUAUGCACGCCCCAACAUCGUCGUCGUCGUCGUCGCCGUCGCCGUCGUGGACCCGGCAAGAUUUCGUGCGUCAACAGCUCCGCGGCCAAUUGGGCCAUGAUCUGUGGUGGGUGGCACUGGCCGUCUUCAUCAUCACGGCCAUCGAGACGGGCCAGUUCGAGCGCGACCCGGUGGUAUUUUCCACCUUCAACAUCAUUUUCGAAGUCACCUCCGCCUACGGCUGCGUCGGCAUCUCCACCGGUGUGCCGUGGAACGCCUACUCGUUCUGUGGCACCUGGCACACCGCCAGCAAACUGGUACUGUGCGCCGUCAUGCUGCGCGGCCGACACCGCGGCCUCCCCGUCAGCAUCGACCGCGCCAUCCUCCUGCCCGACGAGAGUCUGGCCUGGGCCGAGGAGGAAGACGCGCACAAACGUCGUCCCAGCUUUCAUGCCGGCACCGCCCCGCCCACGCGAGAUGGCAUGCCGGUGCUGAGGUCUCGCACCGUCAGUCUCGGCGGUCCAGGUCCGACUAUCCAUCCUGCAGAUGAGCAUCACGGUGAUGGGCGUGAUGUAGGUGACAUGGUGUGA